AUGGAUAGUGAAUCAGGACAUCCGCAACUCAUUCGAACAAAUUAUCACUCUUGGAGACUGGAUGCUGAAGUCCAACUCAUCGGCCUGGGAGCACUAGGAAUCGUCGAAGGCACCGAGCCUGUUCCCGAAAUUUCCUCCACAACACGAGCAGCCGCAGUCACAAACUAUAGCCAGAAUGUCAAAGUCUACCGACAAGCUCAAGAAAAGGCGAUACAAUGGAUCUGGAAUCAUAUCCACAGCGACUUCCACAGCAUCGUUGCAGCUGUCCGUCGAGACCCCCGAGCAAUGUGGCUGGAACUCGAACGGCGACUAGGAGGAAGAAAUAAUUACAAUAUCUUGGCUGUACGGCAACAACUUGGGAGUGAAUCAUUCAAGGAGAACGACACCAUUCAGACUUGGUCUACCCGACUUGAUAUCUAUAACCAGCGCCUGGUCGGAACUGGAUCGGAGCUCUCCGAACUCGAAAGAAUCGCCAAAUUGCUCAGUACACUACUUAAACGUUUCGAAAUCACAGUCUCUCACAUUCAACGAAUUCCCAACCUCGACUACCAGACUGCUCUACAACAACUCCUCGACUUUGAAAAUCAAUUACCGGUCGGAGCUGCGAAUGCCUCUGGAACGGCACUGGUCACUCAAAACCGACCCCGAAGACCAUUCCAAUCACGACGAGGAAGAGGCCGUCGAUACAGAUUCUCUGAGCCAUACCACCGAGGGCAGCUCAUCGACAGAGUGUCAGAGUUUCAAACGACGUGA